AUGUCUUCCUCGACUGAAAAGCUCAAGUCGAUCAAGAAUAAGCAGAAGCGACAACAGUUGUUUGCAAAACUCAAAGAUGAACAGAAUAAAAAGAAACACAAGAUAAGAGCAGCCAGAGCGAGGGAGGAGCUACAGAAUCCAGAGCUGAAGGCCAAACGGCUGGCUGAGAAUGUGCCGAAUACUAUCGAAAACAUGAGAGUCUACGAUGAGACUGUUAACACCGAGUUAGAGGGCGAAGACGACUUCGCCGAGUACUUCACAAACAGGGAUAAAGAACCUAAGAUCUUGAUGACCACUAGUCCGCACGCAAAGAAAGCAGCAUACAAAUUUGCAUCUACGUUAAUGGAGAUAAUUCCAAACUCAUCUUUUGUCAAAAGAAAGAGGGAGUAUUCUAUGAAAGACAUGAGCGAGUAUUGUUCCAACAGAGAUUUCACCCAUCUUAUCGUCAUCAAUGAGGAUAAAAAAGUGGUGAAUGGUAUAACCUUCAUUCAUCUGCCUCAAGGUCCAACAUUCUAUUUUUCGAUCUCGUCUCUCAGAGACAGAAAGCAAAUUGCUGGUCAUGGAAACUCCACAGAGCAUAUCCCUGAACUCAUUUUGAAUAAUUUCACAACGCGAUUGGGCCAGACGGUGGGCCGGCUCUUCCAGUCGCUGCUUCCGCACAAGCCAGAGAUUCAAGGACGUCAAGUGAUCACGCUGCACAACCAAAGAGAUUAUAUUUUCUUCAGAAUGCAUAGAUACGUGUUCAGGAACGAGGAGAAGGUGGGGUUGCAGGAACUUGGACCCCAGUUCACCAUGAAGCUUCGCAGAGUCCAACGUGGAAUUAAGGAGGAGAUUGACUGGGAGCAUCGUCCAGACAUGGACAAGGAGAAGAAGAAAUUCUAUCUUUGA